AUGACGCCCCGGGCGCCGCUCCUGCGCCUGCUGGUGGCGGUCUCCGCGGCAGCGGCGGUGGCCGGCGCGCCCGGGACGGCGCUGCCCCCCGCCACGGGGGCCGCCACCCUGGCCUUCGUCUUCGACGUCACCGGCUCCAUGUGGGACGACCUGAUGCAGGUGAUCGACGGCGCCUCGCGCAUUCUGGAGCGCAGCCUGAGCCGCCGCAGCCAGGCCAUCGCCAACUACGCGCUGGUGCCCUUCCGCGACCCAGAUAUUGGCCCGGUGACCCUCACGGCAGACCCAGUGGUGUUUCAGAGGGAGCUGAGAGAACUCUACGUGCAGGGAGGUGGCGACUGCCCAGAGAUGAGUGUGGGGGCCAUCAAGGCUGCUGUGGAGGUCGCCAACCCCGGCUCCUUCAUCUUUGUCUUCUCGGAUGCCCGUGCCAAGGACUAUCACAAAACAGAGGAGGUGCUGCAGCUCCUGCAGCUGAAACAGUCACAGGUUGUCUUUGUGCUGACGGGGGACUGUGGUGACCGCACCCAUCCUGGCUACCUGGCCUACGAGGAGAUUGCUGCCACCAGCUCAGGGCAGGUGUUCCACCUCGACAAGCAGCAAGUGACAGAGGUACUGAGGUGGGUGGAGUCAGCAAUCCAAGUCUCCAAGGUGCACCUGUUAUUCACGGACCAAGAGCAAGAGGGCGAGCACACAUGGAGACUCCCCUUUGACCCCAGCCUGAAGGAGGUCACCAUCUCAUUGAGUGGGCCAGGGCCUGAGAUCGAAGUCAGAGACCCGUUGGGAAAGAUCCUGCAGAAGGACGAAGGCCUCAAUGUACUCCUCAACAUCCCUGACUCGGCCAAGGUUGUGGCUUUUAAGCCUGAGCACCCUGGGCUGUGGUCCAUCAAGGUCUAUAGCAGCGGCCGCCACUCAGUGAGAAUCACGGGCAUCAGUAGCAUCGACUUCCGGGCUGGCUUCUCCACGCAGCCGUCUCUGGACCUCAACCACACCAUCGAGUGGCCCUUGCAAGGGGUGCCUAUCUCCCUGGUGAUCAACUCCACGGGCCUGCAGGCACCUGGCCGCCUAGACUCGGUGGAGCUCUCACACAGCUCGGGGCGGCCCCUCCUGACUUUGCCCAUGAGAUCCCUCUCCAAUGGAUCCACCCAUCAGCUGUGGGGCGGGCCUCCCUUCCUCACCCCCAAGGAGCGCUUCUACCUCAAGGUGAAAGGCGAGGACCAUGAGGGAAAUCCCCUCCUUCGUGUCUCUGGAGUUUCUUACAGUGAGGUGGCCCCAGGCGCCCCCCUGGUCAGCAUGCCCCCCAGGAUCCACGGCUACCUGCACCAGCCCCUGCUGGUCUCCUGCUCUGUGCACAGUGCCCUCCCCUUCCGGCUACAGCUGUGGCGGGAUGGAGCCAGGCUGGGCGAGGAAAGGCAUUUACAGGAGUCAGGAAACAGCAGCUGGGAGAUCCCGCGGGCCUCCAAGGCCGAGGAAGGCACGUACGAGUGUAUGGCGGCCAGCAGGGCUGGCACUGGACGAGCAAAGGCCCAGCUUGUCGUCACAGACCCCCCACCGCAGCUGGUCCCUGCCCCCAACGUGACCGUGUCCCUGGGGGAGACUGCCAUCCUGUCCUGCCAGGUCCUAGGUGAGGCCCCCUACAACCUCACAUGGGUCCGGGACUGGCGAGUCCUGCCGGCUUCGACGGGCCGAGUCACCCAACUGGCCAACCUGUCCCUGGAGGUCAGCGGCGUUGUCUCUAGUGACAGCGGGUGGUACCAGUGCGUGGCCAGCAAUGCCAACGGAGUCACAAGGUCAUCUGUCUGGCUCCUGGUGCGAGAGGCCCCACAGGUCAGCAUCCACACCAGGUCCCAGCGCUUCUCUCAGGGUGUGGAGGUGAAGGUCACCUGCUCAGCGUCUGGGUACCCCCCACCCCACAUUUCCUGGAGCCGUGAGGGCCGUGCCCUGCAAGAGGACAGCAGCUCCAGAAUCCGUGUGGAUGCCCAGGGGACUCUGAUCAUUCAGGGCCUAGCCCCAGAGGAUGCUGGGAAUUACAGCUGCCAGGCUGCUAAUGAGGUUGGCACAGACGAGGAGGCAGUCACCCUCUACUAUGCAGACCCACCAGCCAUCUCUGCCAAAAAUACCGUGGUGCUGGCUGCUGUUGGGGAGGAGGCUGUGCUGGUGUGUGAGGCGUCCGGGGUCCCCCAGCCUCGGGUCAUCUGGUAUCGAGGGGGUCUUGAAAUGAUUCUCGCCCCGGAGGGCUCCAGCUCUGGGAUGCUGCGGAUCCCGGCGGCUCAGGAGAGGGAUGCUGGUGUCUACACCUGCCGGGCUGUCAAUGAUCUGGGUGAUGCCUCUGCAGAAAUCCAUCUGGAGGUUGGACAUGCACCCCGGCUGACAGAGCUGCCUCGGGAUGUCACCGUGAUGCUGGGGAGGAGCGCUCUCCUGGCGUGCCGGGCCACGGGCCGCCCACCCCCACUGGUCACCUGGCACCGCAGAGACGGCCAGCCACUAAGGCCCCGGCAGGGCAGCAGGGCCGGGCAGCCCGAUUCAGGACUGCUGUUCAUUGAAAAUGUGGCCCCUGAAGACCAGGCUCUUUACAUCUGUGAAGCUCGAAAUGUCUUUGGGAAGGUCCAGGCCGAGACGCGGCUCAUUGUCACAGGAUAUGCACCCCCGCAGAUCGCCAGCAGCGCCUCUACCAUCCGGGUCCUGGAGGGGCAGCCCGUAUCGCUGCCCUGCAUCAUCCUGGCUGGGAGGCCCCUCCCGGAGAGGCGCUGGCUCAAGGAUGGCCGACCUCUCCCGCCUGGCAGCCGUCAUUCCGUCCGAGCAGAUGGCAGCCUUCACCUUGACCAGGCGCGGCAGGUGGAUGCAGGGAGGUACAGAUGUGUGGUCACCAACACGGCUGGCUCUCAACAUCGGGAUGUGGAGCUGGUGGUCCAGGUGCCGCCUAGAAUCCAUCCCACUGCCACCCACUACAUCACCAAUGAAGGGGUUCCAGCCUCUCUCCCCUGCAUCGCCUCAGGAGUCCCCACCCCCACCGUCACCUGGACCAAGGAAACCAAUGCCCUGACCUCCAGGGGUUCCCACUACAAUGUGAGUAAGGACGGCACCCUGAUCAUCGCCCAGCCGUCCACCCAGGAUGCAGGGGCCUAUGUCUGCACGGCCACCAAUGCUGUGGGCUUCUCUAGUCAAGAAAUGCGGCUUUCUGUCAACACCAAGCCCAGGAUCAAGGUGAACGGGUCACAUGAUGCAGACGUGCCUCAGAGAGUCAUAGCAAAGGCUGGUGAAGAGGUGACCCUGGAAUGUGAGGCCCAGGGCUCCCCACCCCCACUGGUCACCUGGACGAAGGACUCCCGCCCUGUGCCGCCUGUCACUGACAGGCAUGGCCUCCUCCCGUCGGGCUCCCUGCGUCUGGCCCAGGGCCAGGUGGGUGACAGUGGCCAUUACGAGUGCACAGCCAGUAACCCUGCGGGGUCCACCUCCCAUCGCUACAUCCUCAGGGUGCAAGUCCCCCCUCAGGUGCAGCCGGGUCCUCGAGUCCUAACGGUGCUGGCAGGAGAAGCUCUAGAUCUGAACUGUGUGGCGGAGGGCAGCCCAGAGCCCCGGCUGACUUGGUCCAAGGACGGGGUGACCCUGUCGGGCGAAGGGCCCGAGGGCUCCAUUCACUUCUCAGACAUCAAGAUGCCCGACGCUGGGAUGUAUCGCUGCGAGGCCUCCAACAGUGCCGGGGUGGAUGCCUGGGUGCUGGAGCUCAGGGUGCUGGAGCCACCGCACUGGGGGGCUGAUGAGACCAGUGGCCUGCUGGAGAGAGUGGCCGGACAGAACGCCAGCCUGCCGUGCCCUGCCAGAGGGACACCCAGGCCACGGAUCACCUGGAGGAAGGGCCCGUCCUCGGAUCCCCUGCAUGGCCGUCCAGGUGUGGCAGUGCUGGAUGAAGGGUCUCUGUUCCUGGCCUCUGUCUCGCCCACAGACAGUGGAGACUAUGAGUGCCAGGCCACCAAUGAGGCGGGCUCUGCGUCCAGGAGAGCCAAGCUGGUGGUCUAUGUGCCCCCCAGCAUCCGGGAGGAUGGACACAAGUCCAACGUGUCAGGCAUGGCCGGGCAGUCCCUGACACUGGAGUGUGACGCGAAUGGCUUUCCAGCCCCCGAGAUCGUGUGGCUCAAGGAUGGGCAGUUGAUCCCCGAGGUGGGAAGCCACCACCUCCUGGAUGGGGCCCGGUCCCUCCACUUCCCCAGGAUCCAGGAGGGUGAUUCUGGCCUCUACUCCUGCCGGGCAGAGAACCAGGCCGGGACAGCCCAGAGGGACUUCGAUCUCCUUGUGCUCAUCCCUCCUUCUGUGCUGGGAGCUGGGGCCGCCCAGGAGGUGCUAGGCCUGGCUGGUGCAGACGUGGAGCUGCAGUGUCAGACCUUGGGGGUCCCUACGCCCCAGGUGGAGUGGACCAAGGACAGGCAGCCUGUCCUUCCGGGAGACCCUCACCUCCAGCUCCAGGAGGACGGCCACGUUCUCAGAAUCGCCAGCAGUCAUUUGGGGGACGAGGGGCGGUACCAGUGUGUGGCCUUCAGCCCCGCCGGCCAGCAGGCCAGGGACUUCCAGCUCAGAGUCCACUCACCCCCCACCAUCUGGGGCUCCAAUGAGACAGGAGAGGUGGCUGUCAUGGAGGGCCACCCGGUGCGGUUCCUGUGUGAGGCCCGAGGAGUUCCCACCCCUAACAUCACCUGGCAAAAGGAUGGGGCCCUGCUCCCCCCCAGCACUGAGGUGGUCUAUGCCAGGGGUGGUCGGCAGCUGCAGCUGGGGAGGGCCCAGGGCUCGGACACUGGCAUCUAUACCUGCAAGGCCAGCAACGCUGUGGGGACCACAGAGAAGGCCACCAGGCUGGAGGUUUAUGUCCCACCCACCAUCGAGGGCGCUGGUGGAGGACCCUACGUGGUGAAGGCUGUGGCCGGGAGACCCGUGGAACUGGAGUGUGUGGCCACAGGCCACCCACCCCCCACCCUCUCCUGGUACCACGAGGGGCUGCCCGUGGCAGAGAGCAACGGGACGUGGCUGGAGCCGGGUGGCGACGUGCUGAGGCUGGAGAGCCCAGGGGAGGCGUCCGGAGGCCUGUACAGCUGCGUGGCCAGCAGCCCUGCUGGGGAGGCCGUGCUCCUGUACUCCGUGGAGGUGCAGGUGCCCCCGCAGCUCCUGGUGGCUGAAGGCUUGGGCCAGGUGACGACCAUCGUGGGACAGCCCCUGGAACUUCCCUGCCAGGCCUCAGGCUCCCCGGUGCCCACCAUCCAGUGGCUGCAUAAUGGCCGCCCAGCAGAGGAGCUGGCCGGGGUGCAGGUGACCUCACAAGGGGCCACACUGCACAUUGACCGUGUGGAGCUGGCCCACGCAGGCCUUUUCGCCUGCCAGGCCACCAACGAGGCAGGCACUGCCGGGGCCGAGGUGGAGGUGUCUGUGCAUGAGCUCCCAUCCGUCAUCAUCAUCGGGGGUGAGAACAUCACAGCCCCUUUCCUGCGGCCUUUGACCCUCCAGUGUGUAGGGGCUGGGGUGCCUACCCCAAGCCUCCGCUGGUGGAAGAAUGGGAUGGCCCUGGCAGCCUCAGGGGGGAAACUGCAGAUUGAAAAGGUGGACCUGAGGGACGAAGGCAUCUACACUUGUGCCGCCACUAACCUGGCUGGGGAGAGCAGGAGGGACGUGGCGCUAAAGGUUUUGGUGCCCCCCAACAUCGAGCCAGGGCCAGUCAACAAGGCAGUGCUGGAAAAUGCCUCGGUGACCUUGGAGUGUCUGGCUUCAGGUGUGCCCCCUCCUGAUGUCUCCUGGUUCAAGGGCCACCAGCCUGUCUCUGCCCAGACGGGAGUGGCAGUGUCAGCUGAUGGGAGAGUUCUGCGCAUUGAGCGAGCCCGGCUGUCCAAUGCUGGGAGCUACCGCUGUGUGGCCUCCAAUGUGGCAGGCAGCACGGAGCUGUGGUUUGGCCUGCGAGUCAAUGUGCCACCACGAAUCACACUGCCGCCCAGCCUGCCAGGCCCCGUGCUUCUCAACGCCCCCGUCCGGCUGACCUGUAAUGCCACUGGUGCCCCCAACCCCACACUGAUGUGGCUGAAGGAUGGAAACCCUGUGUCCAUGGCAGGGACCCCGGGCUUCCAGGUCUUCCCUGGGGGCCGGGUCCUCACUUUGGCCAGUGCCCGGGCCUCCGACUCUGGCAGCUACUCCUGCGUGGCUGUAAAUGCAGUGGGCGAGGACCGCCGGGAUGUCAUCCUACAAGUCCACAUGCCCCCGAGCAUCCUCGGAGAAGAGCUGAAUGUGUCCAUUGUGGCCAACGAGUCAGUGGCCCUGGAGUGCCGGAGCCACGCCGUGCCCCCUCCCGUGCUGAGCUGGCGGAAGGACGGGCAGCCCCUGGAGCUGCGGCCGGGGGUCCGCCUUUCCGCAGACAAGGCCUUGCUGGAGGUGGACAGGGCAGAGGUGUGGGACACAGGCCGCUACACCUGUGAGGCCCUGAACCAGGUGGGCCGCUCGGAGAAACACUACAACCUGAAUGUCUGGGUUGCUCCAGUGUUCCCCUCAAGGGAGCCCCGCACCCUGACCGUGAGCGAGGGGCACCCUGCCAGGCUGUCCUGCGAAUGCCGGGGCAUCCCCUUCCCCAAGAUCUCCUGGAGGAAGGACGGUCAGCCACUGCCUGGGGAGGGGGCCGGCCUCGAACACGUGUCAGCUGUGGGGAGGCUGCUGUACCUGGGACAGGCCCAGCCAGCCCAGGAGGGAACAUACACCUGUGAGUGCAGCAACGUGGCGGGGACCAGCAGCCAGGACCAGCAGCUGGAGGUGCACGUUCCCCCUCAGACUGCUGGCCCCCGGGAGCCCCCCACACAGGUCUCUGUGGUCCAGGAUGGGGAGGCCACCCUGGAGUGCAACGCCACCGGGAAACCCCGGCCAACAGUGACCUGGGAGAGGAACGGCCACCCCGUGGGGGCCGAGCCUGGCCUGCGGCUGCAGAACCAGGGCCAGAGCCUGCGUGUGGAGCGGGCACGGGCUGCCCACGCCGGACACUACAGCUGUGUGGCUGAGAACGUGGCCGGGAGGGCGGAGAGGAGGUUUGCAGUCUCCGUGCUGGUGCCCCCAGAGCUCCUUGGAGACUUGGACCCACGGACCAACAUCACUGUUGCCUUGAACAGCCCCUUGACGCUACUCUGUGAAGCCACGGGUAUCCCCCCCCCGGCGGUCCGCUGGUUCCGAGGGGAGGAGCCCAUCAGCCCCAGGGAGGACACCUACUUCUUGGCGGGUGGCUGGAUGCUGAAGAUGACUCAGGCCCAGGAGCGAGACAGAGGCCUCUACUCGUGCCUGGCAAGCAACGAGGCUGGGGAAGUGUGGAGGAACUUCAGCGUGGAGGUCCUCGUUCCUCCCAGUAUUGAGAAUGAGGACCUGGACGAGGUGAUCAACGUCCCUGAGGGACACACUGCACACCUGACAUGUAACGCCACAGGCUACCCACAGCCCAAGGUCACGUGGUUCAAAGAUGGCCGGCCCCUGGCUGGGGGAGACGCCCACCACAUCUCCCCGGAUGGAGCCUUCCUGCAGGUCCUCCAGGCAAACCUGUCCAGUGCUGGCCACUACUCCUGCAUCGCAACCAAUGCCGUGGGGGAGAAGACAAAACACUCCCAGCUUAGUGUCCUGGUGGUCCCCACCAUCUUGGGAGUGACCGAGGACAGUGCAGACGAGGAGGUGACCGUGACCAUCAACAACCCCAUUUCUCUGAUCUGCGAGGCGCUGGCCUUCCCUUCCCCCCAAAUCACCUGGAUGAAGGAUGGGGCCCCUUUUGAGGCCUCCAAGAACAUCCAGCUGCUCCCAGGUACCCAUGGGCUGCAGAUCCUGAAUGCCCAGAAGGAAGAUGCCGGCCAGUACACCUGUGUGGUCACCAAUGAGCUCGGGGAGGCCAUGAAGAACUACCACGUGGAAGUCCUCAUCCCACCUUCCAUCUCUAAAGAUGACUCCUUGGGGGAGGUCAGCGUGAAGGAAGUGAAGACCAAGGUCAACAGCACCUUGACCCUGGAGUGUGAGUGCUGGGCUGUGCCCCCACCCACCAUCAGCUGGUACAAGGACGGACAGCUUGUGACCCCCAACCAGCGGCUCCGCAUCCUGGGGGAAGGGCGACUGCUCCAGAUCCAGCCCACGCAGGUGUCAGAUUCAGGACGCUACCUGUGCGUGGCCACCAAUGUCGCUGGUGAGGACGACCAAGACUUCACCGUGAUCAUCCAGGUGCCCCCCAUGUUCCAGAAGAUGGGCAACACCAGUGCAGCCUUCGAGCUCUUGUCCCAGGAGGAGGAAGUCCGGGGCGGGGUGACAGAAUAUCGGGAGAUCGUGGAGAACAACCCGGCCUACCUGUACUGCGACACCAAUGCGGUCCCACCCCCGGAGCUCACCUGGUACAGGGAGGAUCAGCCCCUCUCAGCCACGGAUGGGGUGUCUGUGCUGCAAGGAGGCCGGGUCCUGCAGAUCCCCCUGGCCCGAGCGGAGGAUGCUGGCAGGUACUCGUGCAAGGCCUCCAACGAGGUGGGCGAGGACUGGCUGCACUACGAGCUGCUGGUGCUGACCCCACCUGUGAUCUUGGGUGACACUGAGGAGCUGGUGGAGGAGGUGACCGUCAAUGCCAGCAGUACCGUCAGCCUGCAGUGCCCGGCCCUGGGCAACCCCGAACCCACCAUCUCGUGGCUCCAGAAUGGGCUGCCCUUCUCCCCGAGCCCACGGCUGCAGAUCCUGGAGGACGGGCAAGUGUUGCAGGUUUCCACUGCAGAGGUGGCCGACGCUGCCAGCUACAUGUGUGUGGCCGAGAACCAGGCGGGCUCUGCAGAGAAGCUCUUUACCCUCAGAGUCCAAGUCCCACCACGAAUUGCAGGCCUGAACUCGGAGCAGGUCACCGCCAUCAUCAACAGCAGCAUCUCCCUCCCCUGUGACGUCCACGCUCACCCAAGUCCCGAGGUCAUGUGGUACAAGGACAGCCAGGCCCUCUCCCUGGGUGAAGAGGUCUUCCUCUUGCCUGGCACCCACACACUGCAGCUGGCGCGAGCACAGCCAUCAGAUUCCGGGACGUACAUGUGCGAAGCCCUCAAUGCUGCCGGCCGAGACCAGAAGCUAGUGCAACUUAGCGUGCUGGCUCCCCCCACCUUUAGGCAGGCUCCCAGCAGCCCCCAGGAUGCGGUCCUGGUGCGGGCCGGGGACAAGGCCAUCCUGAGUUGUGAGACAGACUCACUCCCCGAGCCGGCCGUGACCUGGUACAAAGAUGGGCAGCCCCUGGCCCUGGUGCAGAGGACCCAGGCUCUGCAGGGUGGGCAGAGGCUGGAGAUCCUGGACACACAGGUGUCGGAUAAAGGUGUAUAUAGCUGUAAAGUCAGCAACGCAGCCGGGGAGGCCAGGCGGACCUUCAUCCUCACUGUCCAGGUGCCCCCUACGUUUGGGAACCCCAAGACAGAGACAGUGAGUCAGGUGGCUGGGAGCCCCCUGGUCCUGGUCUGUGAUGUGUCCGGGGUCCCCGCGCCCACUGUUACUUGGCUAAAGGACAGAAUGCCGGUGGAGAGCAGCAUGGAGCAUGACGUGGUCUCCCGCGGGGGCAGCCUCCAGAUGAGUCGCCUGCAGCCGGCCCAGGCUGGCACCUACACGUGCGUGGCCGAGAACGCCCAGGCCAAGGCCCACAAGGACUUCGUGGUGGCCGUGCUGGUGGCCCCCCAGAUCCAGAGCUCGGGUGCCGCACAGGAGCACAACGUGCUGGAGGGGCAGGAGGUGCGGCUGGACUGUGAGGCCGAGGGGCAGCCACCACCAGAUGUGUCCUGGCUGAAAGAUGGUGGCCCGCUGGGACAGGGCAUGGGCCCCCACCUCCGCUUCUACCUGGAUGGUGGCUCCCUGGUGCUGAAGGGCCUCAGGGCUCCAGACUCUGGCGCCUACACCUGCGUGGCCCACAACACCGCUGGGGAGGACGCCAGGCUGCACACGGUGAACGUGCUGGUUCCUCCCACCAUCGAGCAGGCAGCAGACAGCUCGGGGACGCUGGUGAGCAGGCCUGGGGAGCUGGUGAGCAUGGCCUGUCCCACCCGGGGCUCCCCGCCCAUUCACGUGAGCUGGCUCAAGGACGGCCUGCCCCUUCCGCUCUCCCAGCGCACACACCUCCAUGGCUCUGGCCGAACCCUCAGGAUUUCCCAGGUGCAGUUGGCAGAUUCCGGCAUCUUCACCUGUGUGGCUGCAAGCCCGGCUGGGGUGGCCAACAGGAGCUUCACCUUGCAGGUGCACGCGCCACCUGUCCUGGAGCCAGUGGAGUUCCAGAAUGAUGUGCUGGUGGUCCGUGGCUCCCGGGUGGUCCUCCCAUGUGAGGCCCGGGGCAGCCCCCUGCCUGUCGUGUCGUGGAGGAAGGAUGGGGAGCCCUUGUUGCCCCAGAGCCUUGAGCAGGGGCCUGGCCUGCAGCUGGAGACAGUGGGAGCUAGUGACUCGGGGGCCUACUCCUGCGUGGCCGUGAAUGAGGCGGGGGAGGCGAGGCGGCACUUCCAGCUGAGCGUGAUGGAUCCCCCCCACAUCGAGGACUCAGGCCAGCCUGUGGAGCUGUUGCUGACUCCCGGUGCCCCCAUGGAGCUCCUCUGUGAUGCCUGGGGCACUCCCCAGCCCAACAUCACCUGGCAUAAGGAUGGGCAGGCCCUGAGCAGGCCAGAGGACCGUGGCAGAGCCGGGCGGGUGCUCCGGGUGGAGGGUGUGCAGGUGGGCGAUUCUGGGCUGUACACUUGCCUGGCUGAGAGCCCUGCAGGUGAAGUCGAGAAGAGCUUCUGGGUCAGGGUUCAAGGCCCCCCAAAUGUUGUUGGGCCCCAAGGCCCCCGCUCUGUGGUGGGCCUGGCCCCAGGGCAGCUGGUCCUGGAGUGCUCGGUAGAGGCAGAGCCAGCGCCUGAGAUCGAGUGGCACCGAGACGGCAUCCUGCUGCAGGCAGACGCCCACACACAGUUCCCAGAGCAGGGCAGGUUCCUCCAGCUGCAGGCACUGAGCACGGCAGAUGGCGGUGACUACAGCUGCACAGCCCGCAACGCCGCGGGCAGCACCAGCGUGGCCUUCCGCGUGCAAAUCCACAUGGCGCCCACCAUCCGCCCGGGCCCACCUGCAGUGAACGCCUCAGUGAAUCAGAUGGCCCUGCUGCCCUGCCAGGCUGACGGUGUGCCCCCGCCACUCCUGAGCUGGCGGAAGGACGGGGCCCCCCUGGACCCUGGGAGCCCCAGGUUGGAGGUCCUGCCAGAGGGUUCCCUGAGGAUCCAGCCAGUCCGUGCCCAGGAUGCCGGGCACUAUGUCUGCCUGGCAUCCAAUUCUGCUGGCUCCGAUCGGCAAGGACGUGACCUCCGGGUCUUCGAGCCUCCAGCCAUCGCCCCCAGCCCCUCCAACCUGACCCUGACCGCCCACACGCCAGCAUCACUGCCCUGUGAGGCCAGUGGCUCCCCCAAGCCCCUGGUGGUCUGGUGGAAGGACGGACAGAAGCUGGACUUCCACCUGCAGCAGGGCACCUACCGGCUCCUGCCCUCCAGCGCCCUGCUCCUCACAGCCCCCAGCCCGCAGGACUCAGCCCUGUUUGAGUGCGUGGUGAGCAAUGAGGUGGGAGAGGCCCGCAGGCUCUACCAGGUGACUGUUCACGUGCCUCCCACCAUUGCUGACGACCAGACGGACUUCACCGUGACCAAGAUGGCACCUGUGGUCCUCACGUGCCACAGCACGGGCAUGCCAGUGCCAGCUGUGUCCUGGAGCAAGGCAGGCGCACGGCUAGGGGUGCGGGGGAGCGGCUACCGUGUCUCGCCCUCGGGUGCCCUGGAGAUUGGGCAGGCCCUCCCCAUCCACUCUGGCCGCUACACCUGUACAGCCCGCAGCUCCGCGGGUGUGGCCCACAAGCACGUGGUCCUCACUGUGCAAGCCUCCCCCAUGGUGAAGCCGCUGCCCACUGUGGUUCGGGCAGUGGCAGAGGAGGAGGUGCUGCUGCCCUGCGAGGCCCUGGGCAUCCCCCGGCCAACCAUCACCUGGCAGAAAGAAGGGCUCAGCGUCCCUGCAGGAGCGAGUACCUGGGUCCUACCCAGCGGACAGCUGCGGAUUAGCCAUGCUAGCCCAGAGGAUGCUGGAAACUAUUUUUGCAUCGCCCAGAACAGCGCGGGCAGCGCCAUGGGGAAAACGCGGCUGGUGGUACAAGUCCCUCCUGUGAUUGAGACCAGCCUACCUGACCUGUCUGCCAUCGAAGGCUCCCACGCCCUCUUGCCCUGCAUGGCCAGGGGCAGUCCCGAGCCAGACAUCGCCUGGGAGAAGGACGGCCAGCCUGUGUCUGGAGCCCAGGGGAAGUUCACCAUCCAGCCUUCUGGGGAGCUGCUGGUGACAAACUCGGAGGGCCAGGAUGCGGGCACCUACACCUGCACUGCUGAGAACGCCGUGGGCCGGGCCCGCCGCCGUGUGCACCUCACCAUCCUGGCACUGCCAGUGUUCACUACCCUGCCUGGGGACCACAGCCUGCACCUCGGGGACAGGCUGUGGCUUCGCUGUGCAGCCCGGGGCAGCCCCACCCCCCGAAUUGGCUGGACUAUCAACGACCGGCCAGUUACAGAGGGCGUGUCUGAACAGGAUGGGGGCAGCACGCUGCAGCGGGCAGUGGUCACCAGAGAGGACAGCGGGACCUAUGUCUGCUGGGCCGAGAACAGAGUGGGCCGUGUGCAGGUGGUCAGCUUUGUCCACGUGAAGGAGGCUCCUGUCCUACAAGGGGAAGCUUUCUCCUACCUGGUGGAACCAGUGGGGGGCAGUGUCCAGCUAGACUGUGUGGCCCAUGGAGACCCAGCGCCUGACAUCCGCUGGCUCAAAGACGGCCUUCCACUGCGGGGCAGCCGUCUCCGCCUCCAGCUGCAGAAUGGCUCACUGACCAUCCCCAGGACCGAGAUGGACGACGCGGGACAGUAUCAGUGCCUGGCAGAGAACGACAUGGGCACGGCGAAGAGGGUGGUGACCCUUGUCCUUCAGAGUGCCCCGGUGUUCCAGGUGGAGCCCCAGGACAUGACAGUGAGAUCUGGGGACGAUGUGACCCUGCGGUGCCAGGCCACUGGAGAGCCAGCGCCCACCGUGGAGUGGCUGAGGGCGGGCCGACCCUUGCAGGCCAGUGGGCGGCUCCAGACCCAGCUGGACGGGAGCCUGUGGCUGCAGCGCGUGGAGGCUGAGGACACAGGCACCUAUGAGUGCGUCGCUCACAACCUCCUGGGCUCCACCACAGCACGGGCGUUCCUAACCGUGAGAGGAGAGCCCCGGGGGAGCCAGGGCAGCCUGAUGGGGGUAAUCAAUGGCCAGGAAUUUGGCGUGGCCACUCUCAACACCAGCGUGCAACAGGAGGUGCAUUCUGGGGUCACCAGCAUCCGGAGCAGCAUCAGCCAUGUCCCAGCAAACGUGGGGCCUCUGAUGCGGGUGCUGGUGGUCACCAUUGCCCCCAUCUACUGGGCCCUGGCUGGAGAGAAUGGGGAAGCCCUGAACGGCCAUUCCCUGACGGGUGGCAGAUUCCGGCAAGAGUCACACGUGGAGUUUGCUACAGGGGAGCUGCUCAGAAUGACCCAGGUGGCUCGAGGCCUGGAUGCUGAUGGACUCCUGCUCCUCGACAUGGUGAUCAAUGGCAUUGUCCCUGAGAGCCUGGCCGAUGCAGAUCUUCAAGUGCAGGACUUCCAGGAGCAGUAUGUGCAGACGGGCCCUGGCCAGCUGUUCGUGGGCUCCAUGCAGCGCUUCCUGCAAGGCAACCAGCCCGCGUUCCUGCGCUGCAACCACAGCAUCCAGUACGACGCGGCCCGGGGCCCCCAGCCCCAGCUGGUGCAGCACCUGCGGGCCUCGGGCAUCAGCACAGCCUUUGACCCUGAGGCCGAGGCCCUGCGCUUCCAGCUCACCACAGCCCUGCAAGCUGAAGAGAAUGAAGUCGGCUGCCCCGAGGGUUUUGAGCUGGACACCCAGGGAGCAUUCUGUGUGGACAGGGACGAGUGCUCGGGUGGCCCCAGCCCCUGCUCCCACUCUUGCCACAACAUGCCCGGCCGCUUUGCCUGCUUCUGCCCAGCUGGCUUUACCCUGGCCUGGGAUAACAGGAACUGCAGAGAUGUGGAUGAGUGUGCAUGGGACGCCCAUCCUUGCCGAGAGGGACAGCGCUGCGUGAACCUACUCGGGUCCUACCACUGCCUCCCUGACUGCGGGCCUGGCUUCCGGGCGGCUGCUGAUGGGACCGGCUGUGAAGAUGUGGACGAAUGUCAGGAGCAGUUGGACGAGUGUCACUACAACCAGCUCUGUGAGAACACCCCAGGCGGGCACCGCUGUGGCUGCCCCAGGGGGUACCAGACACAGGGCCCCGGCCUGCCCUGCCUAGAUAUCAACGAGUGCCUGCAGCUGCCUGCAGCCUGCGCCCACCAGUGCCGCAACCUCCAGGGCGGCUACCGCUGCCUGUGCCCGCCAGGCCAGACCCUUCUCCAUGACGGCAAGACCUGCAUCCCUCUGCAACGGAGUGGACAAAAUGAGACUACUGUCAGCCACCGAAGUCCCUUUGUGCCCUGGCUGCGACCCCGGGCCCCCAUCCCUGGAGGCUCCUACCAAGCCUGGGUCUCCCUCCGGCCACGUCCUGGCACCCUGAGCAGCAUGGGCCGGGCCUGGUGCCCCCCUGGCUUCAUCAGGCAGAACGGCAUCUGCACGGACCUCGACGAGUGCCAGGUAAGGAACCUGUGCCAGCAUGCCUGCCGCAACACUGAGGGCAGCUACCAGUGCCUGUGUCCCUCCGGCUACCGCCUCCUCCCCAGCGGGAAGAACUGCCAGGACAUCAACGAGUGCGAAGAGGAUGGCAUUGAGUGUGGGCCCAGCCAAAUGUGCUUCAACACCCGCGGCAGCUACCAGUGUGUGGACACGCCCUGUCCCGCCACCUACCGGCAGGGCUCCAGCCCCGGGACGUGCUUCCGGCGCUGCUCGCAGGACUGCCGCGGCGGCCCCUCCACGCUGCAGUACCGGCUGCUGCCGCUGCCCCUGGGCGUGCGCGCCCACCACGACGUGGCGCGCCUCGCCGCCUUCUCCGAGGCCGGCGUCCCCGCCAACCGCACGGAGCUCAGCGUGCUCGAGGCCGACCCGCGCAGCCCGUUCGCUCUGCGCCCGCUGCGCGCCGGCCUCGGCGCCGUCUACACCCGCCGCGCGCUCACCCGCGCCGGCCUCUACCGGCUCACCGUGCGCGCCGCGGCGCCGCGCCACCAGAGCGUCUUCGUCCUGCUCAUCGCCGUGUCGCCCUUCCCCUACUGAGCGGGGAGGGUCAUUGGCUGCAGCUCCGGGGCUGCGAGCGGGACAGGGUGGCGAUCGCCCACGCCACCUGCUGCUGCAAGCUGAACGUCAUCUCCUCCUGCCCCCGUGUGUCAGCGAGACUUUCGGUAAACACGACCCUGCACGCGGCCUUGACCCCAGGGACACGGAGGGCCUGAGCACACAGGCAGGCGUCAAAGGCUGCCCUUGGGUGACAAGGCCCACAGGCAGGGUCGGGGGUGAAGCCUCCUUGCCUGCCCCAAGCCUCAGGGGGAGCUGGGCAGGGACACGGGGCACCAGGACGGUGGAGAGAGGAAAGGGCAGACCCUGUGGGGGCGGCAGCAGCUGUCCCCUGUCCACACCUGGCACUGUCAUCCUGAACCCAGUGUGUGUGUGUGUAUAGAAUAUAAACGAUUCUUU